GCCGUGGCGCCGUGCGGAAAUGAAGCUGCGUGAACGAUGAAAAACAAUAACAACUGUGUUAUACGCGCGAUUUAAAGUCAAAAACGGUUUUAAUUUAAUAUGGGGAUUACAAAGUUAGCGAGUCUAAUUCGUUUUGAUGCGCCAGAGUCUAUGCGCAACAAAGAGAUCGGCGAUUAUUCUGGGAAGAUAAUUGCACUGGAUACCUCUAUUGUGGUGAAUCAGUUUCGCUCAUCUCUCCCGAGCAAUCUGAAGCUAAGCCCCCUCACAGGCUUGUUUUACCGCACUCUUACUUUCCUGGAGCAUGACAUCAAGCCAGUCUUUGUACUUGAUGGCAGACCGCCCAACCAAAAGAGAGCUGUGCUGGAAAAAAGAGCUCAAAGCACAGGCUGGAACAGCUUACAGAGCUGUAACACAGACUCCAAUUUUAAGCGGGAUUGCUUGCGUCUCCUGCAGCUCAUGGGUGUGCCAUGCAUCAAGGCUCCGGGUGAAGCCGAGGCGCUGUGCGCCCACCUGGUCAAACGUGGCACAGUUAAUGCUGUCGCCUCUGAGGACAUGGACACGCUGGCAUUUGGAGGGACUGUUCUGCUCCGCCAGCUCAACGCAAAGAAAGACAGUGAGGUCACAGAGUACUCCUUGCCAAAGCUAUUGGAAGCCCUACAGCUGACAUAUACGGAGUUUGUUGACCUGUGCAUCUUGCUGGGCUGUGACUACUGCAAAAAGAUUGGGGGUCUUGGGCCGAGUCGAGCGCUGAAGCUAAUUAAACAACACCGUACAAUAGAGGGAGUGAUGGAACAUGUCAACAGAAAGACACACCCCAUCCCUACAAACUGGCAGUACAAGGACGCCCGUAAGCUGUUUUUUGAAACCCCAAAAGUUGACGACCCUGUCUUGGCCUGGAAUGAGCCUGAUGAAGAGGGCCUGGUGCAGUUCCUGUGCAAAGAGAGACCUUUGAAGGAGGAAAGGGUACGAGGACGCAUGAAGAAGUUUCGUGAGUCUCUCUUGAAAAGAAGAGAACAGAGGGAGGUGGAUGAGAAAAUGGGCCAAACUAGACAAUCACGUCUUGAAGAAUUUUUCCCUGCGACGCGGAGGAGAAAGGCUGAGUCUGAAGCUCUGGGAGCAUCCACUGGGACGAAGCGGCCAAAAACGAAAUAAGAAAAACCCUUUGGAAUCGACCGAAGAGUCACAAGUAUAACGGCAUAAAUAUGUUUCAGAUGUUCUUUGAGUUUUUAUUUUGUUCAAAAGCAACAUUAUGUAAAACCAGUGCCAAGAAAAUAUUUUCUCUGUUUUUUAAUUUAAACAUAAUUUUUUUAUGUUUUUGUAUCAUGUUUGGAAGCCUGUAAAAAAUGACAGUAAACAUCUUUUUAUUU